AUGCGGUCUACACUUCGGCUUUUGGCCAAUGUCAAGCCCCGGUACUUGGAGCCCUUCACUCCCACCGGAUUGACUGGCCUGACCACCCACCCGAGCCCCCGUCCGACUCUGAUCUACCUCUACACCACCACCCUCCAGAAGCUGUCUAACUUCCCGGAGUCCUCCGCCUACCGCCAGUCCGUCGAAGCCCUGACUCGCCACCGUCUCCAGAUUGUCGAGUCGCAGAAGCCCCCGGGUUUCGAGCAAUGGUUGGAGCGCGUCAAGAAGACUGUUGGAGCCGAGCCCGAGCGAUUCGCCCAGCUCCAGCGCUCUGACGGCACAUUCGCCUACGUUGGCUCACAGCAGGCCGAUGGCAGUGACAAUGCUCGUGGCGAGGAAUGGGACGGCGAGGGCAUGUCUAGCACGACCGAGGGUCCUGCCCGUACCCCGCAAGAAGCCGCCGAGUGGCAGAAGAUCCUCGAGGAGUCCAGCUCUACCGCCGCCAAGGUUGAGGCAGACCACUACGAGUCUCACAUGUCCUGGGAGAAUGAGCCCGCCCUUGAGGCCGAGCAGGUGUCCGAGAUUGAGCAGAAGAUCGGUGCCGGUCUCAUCGAGGAGGUCAUCCAGGUUGCUGAGGCAGAGCUCAAGCUGACCGAUGAGCUUUACAAGGCUAAAGUCUGGGAGGAGCUAGAGGAGAAGCCGGUCCCUGGUCAGUGGACUUAUUUCGAGCGCGGAAACUAA